AUGUGUAUGCCAUUCUCUACCAGGCGUCAAGAUCCUAUUGAUCUACCUCCACGCUACUACAAGAACUACGACAGCGAGUACCCGGUUUCCAGCAGCAGUGCGUAUUCUCGGCAAAGAGACCAAGCACGCACGAACAAAAUCAAUGAAAUGAACGCGGCCCGCAAAGCGUCCCGUGACAGAAACAAGAAACGGGUGAAGUCUUUCUUGCUUCGUAACCCCGGUGGUGGAGCGAUUGUAACUCAUCAUGGGGCCAUAGCUGGAGCGAUUGCUGCUGGCGGUGCUGGUGGAUUCUGA